UUGGUGUUAACAUGCCGCUGCCCAGCACGCCUAACCCCGCAGGGGCGGAGGCUCCAGGCUGUCCAGGAACAAAGUCCGGAACCUCUGAAUUGGGCGAUGGACGCCAGCGAAGGACGAUAUGAGAUGUUCUCUCGCUAGUGCUUGCUACUUGAGAGGAUAAAGCUCUACCAAACCCCUUGCGGCAUUGAAGCGGUUCGAGAAUAUGAAACCAGUUGUCAAACGAGCAUAUGGAUGACGGGAAACCAUGGCGAAAGCCACGAUCCAACCGCGUGUCUACCUAACCCAAACACAUCGGGAGAAUGACAGGCUUUUGGACCAGUUCUCAGUAGCGCUUCUUCCUUACCGUGCGGGGUGGCUUCUGGCGAUUCUGGGAGCCACGUCGGCAAUGCGAGCGAAUGGGAUCGUAUACGGAUAGAUUGCGAUCGAGAAAAAUGAUUUGCGCAGGGGAAGGACGUCAGGUGUGACCAUCAGAAGAACCAUCUCACUAUAAGCCCACCACGAUGAGGGGCUCUCCCUGCAUGUUUUCAUGCUGCGCACAACGAAUCAAGGCCGGUUUGAGCCACCUUAUGAGCUUCUCGGCACGUUCCCGGUGAGCUAUAACGGCAGAAUCGUGAAUAAGCUGAAAGACGUAUUAUGAUUCAGGGUUUAUUGAGCGUCUGUGAAACCCAGGACGUUGGUUGACGUGUGAAAUGAUCGACAUCGUUGGGUCCUUUGAGGAGAAGAGACGACAACCUUGCGAGGCUUCGGUGAAUACCCUCUUCUUUUCAGAGAAAUAUGCUCUCGAUCGAAGCUUGAGGCCAUUUAUUCUUCCUUUGAAUAAAGUGUCAAGGACCUACAUAUUCGCCUCCAUGGUUAACACAGGAUGUUUUGACGACGAGGUGGAGGUUGAAGACAACCGCGAAUAUGGGCCAAGGACACAGUUAUUGGUUACAUUUCGCACACUGACUAUUUUAGCGAAUCCCAAGGGGGCGAGAGUGGCCAGAGAUCAGAUAAACAAAGCUUUCUUGACUGGGUUGAAGCCAGAGAGAUCUGGGGUAUUAACAAACUUGGCGGUGCACGCAGGCCGACCCAUGAAUCGGAUCCACUUCCUUUGCGGCGGAGUGUCAAGCUUCAGAAAGAUUCCCAGGGGCGGCAGGUGGUGACAGAUUGCCUGAAAUUCAAUAUCCCUUGCAAGAUCUAACGUUGCUUGAAAUGAGGAAGAGGGAGCCAUUAUUAUUUUCGCAACAAUCAAGGUGUUCGAUGGACGGCUCGCCUGCCAACAGCUGAUGCGAGAUGUUACCAUCUCGUCCUCCGUGCAUGGCUGUAUGUAUGUAUGGACCGUACUGUACGUAUCUACAUACCGUAAUAUACGGCACUGUACUGAAAUACG